GUCACGUUGGAAGGAAAAGGGGAGAAAGAUAUCUACUUACAGCUGCUGUUAGAUAUCCGAUCGCGUUUGCAUGGCGAGGAGGUAACCUGAUCGAGCUGGGAGGAGUGACUCUACCAGGGAAGGCUUGAAAAAAAAUGUCUUCUUCUUCUGCCGGAGAGGACACAACAGCAAAUGACAUCAAGAGAGAAAAUGUGAAGGAGGUGGAUACGCGGGAGUGCAUCAAGCUUGUGGCGCUGGACGCGGCGGAGUUGUCCAUGGAGCGCACGACUCCCAACACUGACGCGGUGCGCACAGAGCUGUUGGUGAGCGCCGCUUCCUCUCUGGCUUUCUCCCCGGAGCAAGUAGCGUGCGUCUGCGAGGCAUUGCAGCAGGGGGGGAAUGUGGACCGGCUAGCCAGGUUCCUUUGGUCUCUGCCACAGAGCGACCUGCUACGCGGCAAUGAAAGCAUCCUAAAAGCUCAAGCCCUCGUUGCUUUCCACCAGGCUCGUUACCAGGAGUUAUAUAGUAUUUUGGAGAACCACAGUUUCAGUCCGUCCAACCACACCUUUCUACAAGAUCUUUGGUACAAGGCUCGGUACACCGAGGCGGAAAAGGCGCGUGGGAGACCCCUGGGCGCCGUGGACAAGUACCGGAUCCGGAGAAAAUACCCUCUUCCGAGGACUAUCUGGGACGGGGAGGAGACAGUUUAUUGUUUCAAAGAGAGGUCGCGAAACGCACUGAAGGAUCUGUAUAAUCAGAAUAGGUACCCAUCUCCAGCCGAGAAAAGAAAUCUAGCCAAGAUAACAGGACUUUCCUUGACCCAGGUCAGCAACUGGUUCAAAAACAGGAGACAGAGAGACAGAAACCCGUCGGAAGCACAAUCAAAAAGUGAAUCUGAUGGCAAUCACAGCACAGAGGAUGAGUCCAGUAAAGGCCAGGAAGAGCUGUCUCCUCGCCCUCUCUCCAAUUCUUCAGAUGGAGUGAUAACACAUGGAAGUCUUCCCAUUCAAACAGGACCUCUGGACAGUGGAGUUGUCAUCCAACAGAUUGGGGAUGUCAAAAUGUCCUCUGGAUCCAGCAGUGGUGGCCUCUACAACGAAAGUCUAGCUACUAGUAACACAUCCACCACCGUGUUUCACAAUGGUGGUUCGUCUUACCUCCACUCACCUGGAAACAUCCUGUUCAAUGGGCUCAAUUUGGGCAUCCAGCCCUUGGCGUUCAACCCUUUGAGGCCACCUGGUGGGGUGUUGCUCGGAGGAUCUGGAGCAGAAAUGCAAAUGCAGACAGGACAGGAAAAAGGACUAGGCAGUGCUGAUGAGUCCACCUUGCAGUACACUUCCUACUCAGGCUGUGUGAAUGGGGCAGAGGUGAAGCUGGAGGGCGUUCACACCAUGGCCGGCCAGAACGGAGGCUCGUCUGUGCUGACGUUCAGCUCACCAUCAGGUGCUCUGCAGCUAGGUGGGUACAGUCUGGUCCAGGUACCAAGUGGAGUCUCUGACAGUGAUGGCAGCUCAUUACUCAACAGCGAUGUAGGUCUUCCUCCCCUACAGCUCUCCUCUGCAUCCUCUUCAACAAUAACACAAGGUAACAUGCCUCUGAAUAAUGUAGCAGUGAGCUCCUCCAGUGAUAACUCAUUCCAGCAACAGGACAAGCUAACCAUGACAUCUCUGCACCACAGUACAGUCCUCUACAGUAUGAGCAACACCGGUCAGCCUGCCAUCAAGAAGGAGCCUUUGGAGGGGGGAAUGUACUCCUCAUACCACCACGGGCUCCACCUUGACCCCAGUGGUCAGAUCAGCUACACCACCCCAAACUCAGAGGAAAUCUCCUCCAGCCAUGGUGCCACCUCCACCACUGAGGUCACCGCAGUCACCUCAUCCAGCCCCGAGCCAGAGGUUUACACUACCCUCACCGUCAGUACGCCACUGAUCAGUCAAACAGACCCAAACAACCACCACCUCCAACACACAGAAUACCUCGGGACCCACGAGGUGCAACGAGUAGCCCCAUCUUCACACCUGAUGGGCCCAGGUAUGAACAGCGACUAUAUGAACCUAUCAGAGAAUAAGGUGGAUGGCUCGGGGUCAGGAGGCAUGAAUGAAAUGGUGCGGGCUAUGUGCGGGGAGAUGGAAGCAGCAGAGGGCAAGGAGCUGGCCAAACUACAGACAGUGCAGAUGGAUGAGGACAUGGCUGACCUCUAGCCUCAAAACCUCACCCCUCGCAGAAGCACUCGUGUCCACCCGAGCAGUGAUAUGAUGAAUCUUUUUACUCUUUUUGUGUGUGUGUGUGUGUGUGUGUGUAUGUGUGUUUUUUAAAACCAUUAAUUUCCUUUAAAUUAUUUGCAUUCAUUUGACUUUUUUUGAUGCACUCUAGUCAGAGAGAAGCCCUGUGGGUGGGCUUGUUCAGAUGGUCAUGAAAAUUAGAAAAACAGCCUGUAACAUGUUUUAAAAGCCCCCGUUCGUGAGACGAAACAUUGUGACUUAUUAGCUAACAGAAGACGUUUCUGUAUAUGUUUGAGCCUUGUUUAAAUGUGCAUUUUUAUAGACAACACCUGCUACUUCCUGUUGAGUGGAUUUGAUCUGCAGAAGCAGGUGUUGGAAUGCCUUGAGUCAUGUGACCACGAUGUUCCUCCAAACUAAAUGCGUCAUGUGGGUCAAACCAAAAAGGUCAUUCUGGAGGGGGGAGAGGGAGAGAGCCGCUAUGAAAAGUUGUCAGUUAAACAGCUUUACUGAAGGACUGCACACACUUGCAGAGAAAAGGUCAAUAACACAAAAAAGCUGCUGAUUUAGGGAAAAGUGUCCUUCAGUAAGCACUUUAAAUUAUCUGAAUGCCUCUCAAGUCACCACAAAAAUGUGCUUUAUGCUUUGUGCUUUAUAUCAUAUAUAUAUAUAUAUAUAUA